UCGACAACUGUCUAAAAUCAGUUACUUUGUAGACGCGUUUGUCGGUUGUAUUAAGUUGUAUUUUUGAAUUUCUCAAUUAUUUKCUACCUCAUWWUCAGUUAAUUACGCUUGAAACCUUCUUCCUAGCACGCAACAAGCCAAAACCAACCCGGACAAAGUGAAUUUCCAGUGAAGUUCGAAACCUAACCUGACAAACUGUCCAAAGUUUGUGAUAGUGAUAUUUUCUGCAAGUUUAAAGAGUUCCCUGUGAAACGGUACAUGUGAAUCGAAUUUACUGUUACGACCUAGUUUUGCGGAAAAGUUUCCAACUCGUUUCGGGAAAUAACUCAAUUUUUUAUUUAAAUAUGUACUUGGUGUAAUAAGUCGGAAAACAAGCAAAAUGCGUUCCCAUAAAAAAACCAAAGAAAGUGGCUUUUUCGAAGGUGACUCCUCGGACACAGAUGGUUGUUUUAACAUGGGUAAAAGGACAUGUACUACAUCUAGUGAUUGUCCUAAAAAGAUUAAGUACAAGGACGAAGACUACGACCACCCAAUUGGGACACCACAACACGACAAAGUUAAUCUAUCAGGAGUGGACCGAGUCAAUAUGUCCCACUUCGAUCUGCUCAAAGUUCUUGGAACAGGAGCGUACGGUAAAGUAUUCCUAGUGCGAAAACGUGGCGGAGCCGACAACAAUCGUCUCUACGCUAUGAAAGUACUGAAAAAAGCAACAAUAGUGCAGAAGAAGAAGACAACGGAACACACGAAGACAGAYCGACAAGUCUUAGAAGCCGUCCGAGACAAUCCGUUUUUAGUUACAUUACACUACGCCUUCCAAACGGAUGCCAAAUUACACCUAAUCCUCGACUAUGUGGCCGGAGGAGAAUUAUUCACACAUUUAUACCAAAGAGAGCAUUUCACAGAAGACGAAGUCCGCAUUUACAUAGGGGAAAUUAUUUUAGCACUCGAACGCCUCCACAGUUUGGGUAUCAUAUACAGGGAUAUCAAACUAGAGAAUAUCUUAGUAGACGAAUCGGGACACAUCGUCCUUACAGAUUUCGGAUUGAGCAAAGAACUACCUAGGGAAGGUGACAAUGAUCAAAGAGCGUACUCAUUUUGUGGCACAAUCGAGUAUAUGGCACCCGAAGUGGUCAAAGGAGGGACCCAAGGACACGAUAUUGCCGUUGACUGGUGGUCCGUGGGCGUCCUAACUUACGAAUUAUUGACUGGAGCUUCCCCUUUCACUGUCGAGGGUGAAAAGAACACUCAACAAGAAAUCUCCAGACGAAUCCUAAAAACUACUCCACCGAUACCUGAUUCAUUAGGAAAAGAAGUAGCCGAUUUUAUUAGUAAAUUAUUAGUCAAGGAUCCACGAAAACGGCUUGGUGGUGGUGAAGGAGACGCCAAAGAACUGAAAAAACACGUCUUCUUCAAAAAUUUAGACUGGGAGAAGUUGGCUAGGAAAGAGAUUCCUGCACCUUUCAAACCAGUCAUUAGAAGCGAAUUAGAUGUGUCGAAUUUUAGCGAAGAAUUUACUCAAAUGCCUCCAACUGAUUCACCCGCUGUUGUACCUCCAAAUUACGAUAAAAUCUUCAAAGGGUAUUCAUACGUGGCGCCCUCUGUCCUAUUCACCAAAAACGCCAUCUCAGACGAGAUUUUAAAACCGGCCAAACAGCACGAUAGUACAAAACUGAUUAAUUGCAAAAUAAACAAUUCGCAAUUCUUCCAAACCUACGAUAUUGACCUAAACCAACCCAUUUUGGGCGAUGGUACAUUUUCGGUAUGUCGAAAAUGRGUCAAUUUACAAACMGGUAAAGAAUACGCCGUUAAAAUAGUCAGUAGAAAAAAGGAUUGCUCACAGGAGAUAAAUUUAUUGCGAGCUUGUCAAGGCCACCCCAAUAUUGUGACCCUUCACGAUGUUAUCCAAGACGAAGCACACACUUAUCUCGUGUUGGAGUACCUCAAAGGUGGCGAAUUAUUCGAACGCAUCCGAAAAAAAUCGAAAUUUACCGAAUCUGAAGCCUCGGGGAUUUUACGCAAAUUGGUAUCGGCUGUGAGUUUCAUGCAUUCGUGUGGCGUCGUCCACCGAGACUUAAAACCGGAAAAUCUCGUCUUUACCGACGAUUCCGACAAUGCGGAAAUCAAAGUAAUCGAUUUUGGGUUUGCAAGACUGAAACAAGAGAAGGAGUCGUUGCAUACGCCCUGUUUCACCCUUCAUUAUGCAGCCCCCGAGGUGUUGAAAGGGGCCCCCGAGGGGUACGACGAAAACUGUGAUUUGUGGAGUCUCGGGGUGAUCCUCUAUACAAUGCUUUGCGGGAAAGCCCCCUUCCAUGCCCGCUCUCGCGAGGAGAACGUCUCCUCGAUCAUGGAACGYAUUAAAGGGGGCGAUUUUAAUUUUACUUCAACGGCGUGGAAUGGGGUUAGUAAUGAGGCSAAGUCGGUGGUGAGGGGGCUGCUUACGGUCAAUCCGAGUCAAAGACUACGCAUGAGCCACCUCGAGAGUAAURCAUGGGUGCAAGGAAGCCAGAAUUUUGUCUCAACGCCAUUGAUGACUCCUGAUGUGCUUCWYGAGGCAGCCCCCGAYAAGAGUCUCCAAACGACAUUCAAUGCCUUCCAUAAGGCCCAACGUGAGGGCUUCCGCCUCCAGGAUGUCUUCAGCGCGAAAUUGGCUCAAAGGAGAAGAAUGAAGAAGAGUUCUUCUGAUAAUAAUAGCACCUCCUCGUCGAGUUUCACCAGUGAAGGCUCUCUAAAAAGCGGACCAAAAUUGUCUAUCGAUGUCAAAAAGACUGAUAAAGUCAAUGUGUUUAAUUUUGGGGAGAAUCGCGUGACUGAGUUUUUGGAGACGAUGAGUGCGAAUCCCUUGGAUCCUGAGACCUCGUUUAGGGAAUCGACUAGUUCCAGCGGGAUUGUCAUGUCUGAUAAAAAUUCAAUCGAUACGAAAGUGGUGAAGAAAAGACAGAAGAAGGUUUAUGUGCAGACGAGAUGGAGUGAGCGAAUUAGAAGAAGACAAAGACAGGAGAUUGARUUAGACCCAAUUCCGUUAAAACCCAACAGGAAGCGGAAAGUUGAUGAGAGAGAGGAGAGUAUAGAGUCGUCGUCGAGUUGGAAGAGGAAAAAAACGACAGUUAGGAAAUCAAAGAAAGGCAAGAAAGGUAGAUAAAUUUAUUAGGUGUGAUCUGUCAAAAGACAUUAACGGUGACCCAAAGCUCGGUGUAUAUAGUGAGAUGCAAUAAUGGAGAAAAGCGGGGCUUGGGGGCUCACCGGUUUUGCGAUUGUGAUAAAAUGUUAACCUUAAAAUGAUGAUGAAUUCGGAUUGAUGAUCACAUUUACGUUAAGUUCCAUUUAGGUAAUAAAUCAUUAUCAUUAAGUGCACUUCUUAGGCUGAAUCUUUAAUUCAUUAAAUACCAAAAAGUUGUAAAUAAAAUUAUAUAAAUUUUAAGAUGUUCUACUCUGUGUAAUAACGGUUUUAUAAGAAAUUUUAUUAUAGAAAUUGCAAUUAGAAUGUUGGAAUAUUGGAAUCGUUUUAUGUAUAAUUUGCAUUUUUGAAAAUCUUUGAUCCGAGUAAAAUGAACGUUUUAUUGAACAUGACUUAGUGUUGUGUCUCGUGUUAUCAUUAUUUAUUUUCAUUCUAUUUAUUCUUCCUGUUACCUAACUAUGAAACACUUGUUUAAAGUUUAUUGUUAUUGUUAUGUAUAAUAUGCAAACACUUCAAGCUGAAUGGAUCAUUGUGAAAAUGUGUUUCUAGCAUUCAAUUACCUGGUCUAUAUUUAGUCAAUAUUGUUAGUUAUGGGUUAUAUUGUAAGUUGAUCCAAUUGAUUAUUUACAAUUUUUGCACUCAGGUACCGUUCUUUAUUAUUACAAAUCACUAAUUUGUAGUAUUUUCAUUACUUAUUUAUAGAAAGUAUUUGUUUUAAAUUAUCUCACUAUUUUUUAAAUAAUUUUCUUUUGCAUAAAUACAUAUGAUUAUGUAACGCAAAGUGUAUAUUCAUAGGAAAUGAUGGAGACCAAGUGGACAGUGCCUUUCCUCUUUUCAGAGGCUGUCAUGCUUGAAGGCAAAAUUUAUAUUACUGUAACAUGCCUUAAUUAUGUUAGUAUUAAAUAUUUUGAUUCUU